AUGACGUCAACUCCUCUGUCGGAGCAGCCUUCCAAAUCGUUGAGCGAAAGCUGGGCCACUCUGAGCGCAUCUGAUAUCCAGUCCGAGGACGGAGCUCGAUCUGAACCUACCGAUGCUGGAUCCCUGAUCUAUCAGACUGGACCCGACGACGUUGCAAGUCUAGAUGAACACUACAGCUGCAGCGAAACCGACGGCAACGACGAAAAACAAUUCGAAGGCGACGACUCCGACUCCGACUCCGACUCCUCCAAGAGCAAUAUAUCCGACUCUCAGGAACUGCCUCCUCUUUUCCGCCAGAUUAGAGGCUCUAUCGAUGACAGCAACCUCACGGCGCAGACCGCCUUUCGUCCACCAGCCGAGUCUAUUGAGUUCGCCGAGCCGGAAGAAUGGCCUGCAGUCGAACGGGUGGAGCUGAAACACACGAUCCGCGUCUUUGGGGGUACUGAAGCUGCAGAGGUGCAGCGUCAGCUGCCGUUCAAUUUCGAUGACUGCAUUCUUACGGCUACCGUCCAGCAGACAAUGACCAAGAGAAGCCUCGAUACUGAUAAACCCUUCCGUGUUCUGUAUGUCGGCAGUCCCGAGUUUCGCAACAUCAUCCUCGACAAAAUUGGCGAUGUCCUCGUAUCAAGCACCUGUAGCGGCUUUGAAAGCAGCUCCACGGAGUCCUCCCGGUACCAUGUGGUCCCGACGUCAUAUGGCGUGGGAGCCAUCCCUAACUUUGCGGAGUUGCUUCCGAUCCACGUUCAGCUCAUCGUCGAUGAGUGUCUUGGAGCUUUGUCAGACAGUCACAGUGAUGGUCUCAGUACAAUCACUUUGAGUUUGAAGAAUAGGCCCCCCAGUACCUCGUCAUGGACGGGGCAGGAGUAUUCCAUCUCGUCUCCCUCCGAAUGGACACUACCCGAUGUUGCUAUUAUUUUCGUGUCCAAAUUCGACACGCCUGCGAAUAUGGAGACGCAGAGACUGGCUCGUAUUGCCAUGGAGAGGCACGAUAUCCCGACUAUGUUCAUUUCCGAGCAGCCACUUUGGAAAACGGCCCAAGAGCCAAUUCCGCUCAAUUACAACAGUCUUCACAUGUGCCUGGAAUCCCGUCAUCAGCUGACCGGAAAGACGACGGUGGUGCGACGGUACCCGAUUGAUCUGAAGACUUUUGAGAGCAUUACUCCCGGCCAACUAAAUCGAAACCUGGCCUCGUUGACAAGCAGCUACCCCAAACAUUCCUGCAAAACCAUCACUGGGGACCAUCAACCUGACCAGAGCAAGUUAUUCCUCGAGACAAAGAAGUACGCAAUGCGCUUUUCUCCUCUUGCAUACCUGGGUAUGAAAUAUGGCUCGGUGCUGCCGUUGUGCCUUGUGGUUUUGACUCUCCUGUCUGCCAUCAUUACCGGUCUUUCCCCCUCCUAUCUAUUCAACAACCAGGAAAGCUCUGGGUUAAGUGUAGUCCCCAACACCAGUAACCCGCCAGCCCACGAUCUGGGACAAACCUCCCUCUCGAUCAUGUCCCUGACAUCCGCGGAAACUCAGUUUUCAGGGCCCCAGUCUCAGGGACAAGGACGACUAGAAGAUCUUAUUGAAGAGAUGGGGCUCUCUUCGAGACAACUGGAAGGAUCAGAUGGCUUUGAGAUCCAGGUAGUUGGGGACUGUCACUUGGUUAUCAAGCCUCCACCGAAGACCCCCUCCAGUAAAAAGCAGCCUAAAUUCGGCGUCCAAGUCUUCCGGCGUGAGAAGGCCUUGACUUACGAGCUUUCGAAGUUAUUUGACGGCGUAUACACCCUCAAAUUGGAUCGUGGUGAUGCAUACGGGAUAUUGGAUGUCACGAUAACCACCCAUUCGAAGUCUCCCAUCAAUGAGACGAUAUCAGUAGAUCUGGGGACGCCCUGGCUGAAGAUUGCAAACUGGAAACGAGCAGCGCAGGUUAUCACCUCCCAGCUGAUGAGGGACUUUAGCACCGCGCACAACGGGUUUUCUGAGGCUUAUGGCCGGCUCUUCACUGAUAUGCAGGUGUUGAUGGGUGACGUGGUGAAAAGAGCGCACGUAUUGCGUCAAGAAGCUGAUGAGCUCCGGCGUGAUUCAUUUGGGCUGUCUCUGGAAACUCGCGACGUGGUUCUCUCCCGGUCAAAGCAGUUGUCGGAAGUCAUCAAACGCAAUGCUGUUCAGCCGUUCCUGGCAGCAUCAUCAGUAUUGCAAGAUCAUACCAACAAAGUGAACCGAGAAGCAAAAGAGAUGAUGAGUGACACGUGGAAGAAGCUCAGUACUCAUGCUCAUGCUCAUGGUUUCGACAUUUUGGCAUGGAAGGAUCAUGUGCGAAAUGCGAGGAAGUGCAAGGCUUUGGACAAAGCUCAGAAGAAGGCAAAGGGUUUGAUGCAACGAAAGAGAUUGCCAUCCCGCUGA